AUGAUUAUAAUUAGAGCUUUUAGAAAUGCCUUUUACAGAGCUACAUUUUCAACUUCUACAACUACAUCAUCAUUCCCUUAACUUUACAGACAAAAAUAGUAACUCUUAGAAAUAGCAGAAUCAUGUAAAAUUAUCAAUCAAUUACCUCAUGAACUCAUAGAACAAAGUUGUAAUAUAAUUAUCAACAAUUUCUUUCCUCUUCAUGAAAAUUACAAAAUAAUUAUUCCAAAAUUAGAAGAAACCCUCAAAAACUUAUAAUUGACUAAAGGCACUAUAUUCUAGGAUCAGGUUGAAUAAAUCACCGCAGAACAGAUUUAUGAAAUGAUAAUUUUGAUCGUUGAUUUUGCAGAUAAAUUAAACAUUGGUUUUUUAACAGGCGACAUUCACCCACUAUCUUUUAAUAUAAUUUAAAGAGAAAUUGAAAUUACUUAAGAUUUUGAUCUGUUAGUUGAGAAUCUUAAAAAGUCUUUAUUCAACAUCGGAAAAUAGUACAAAUUACCUCUAAAUGGUAUCAAUAUCCAGACAGUGAAAACCAUCGAAACUUAUUUGAAAGACAAUUAGUAAUUGAAUAAGUGUCGAAUGAAUUGGCACUUGACAAAUUCUAAUAAGUUUUAUAGAGAAUGUCAAAGGCAUAACAUUUGUUUGCUGCUUAAAAAUACAUAGUUGAAUGGUUCCCUAAGUUAUGUGCUUUAGUUUAAUAGGAGUAAAUUCAAUGUUUAAGUGAACCAAAUAAGGAAUAAUAAGGGUAUUAUUAAUAUAUUACAGCAAUUCAGAGUGAGAAAUUGGCAAUAAUAGCUUUAUCAGAAUUGAUGAAGGAAUUUAUAGAAGCAGCUGUGUUAUUUCAUGAAGAGAAGACUACAUUAAAUUGUUAUUAGAUAAGAGUAACUCGUUUGGCAAAUAGAAUAGGAGAGUAGAUAAAGAAAUAGCAUUUGUAUGAAGAGGAAUAGAAGAAUUUGAGAAGGAAAAGUAAGGAAGAUAUUUAGAAAAUUAUAGAUGAAGGGACAGUAGCAUAAGAUUAAUCUGAGUAGGAGAUAUAAAAUUAGAAGGAAUUGUUUUAUAAGUAAGCAGUAGUAAAGGCAGGUAAAUUAUUAAAGAAUUAGGAGGAGAGAUUGAGAGAGAGAAUAAAAAAUAAUAGAAUAUAUUUGGCAAAGUAUGGUUAGAUAAUGCCAAAAGAUAUAGCAUCUUAGAUAGGUAUGGUAUUAGUGUAAUUUUUGGUUGAUUCAAUUAAAUUUAGAAAUGAGAAUAAUUUUUGGGUACCAGUAUUGGUAUAAGGAUAUAAGAAGGUAAAGUAAGAUAUUGAAGUAUAAUGUAAAUUAAUUAUUUUUACAUCAUUUAUCAGCAGGUAUGCAUAAGGAUAAUUCAUAUUUUAUGCAUUUGGAUAGAGCAUUGCCAAUGAUAUAUCCACCAGCAAAAUGGAUGGAUACAUAAAUAGGUGGUUAUUAUUUGAAACCAACUAAUUUAAUAAGAAUAUAGGAUUAAUCAUUAUAAGAAGAUGCAGCAAAGAGAACUAAUCUUUAAAGUUUAUAUGAU